AUGGCCACGCCCGGCCCGACGUUCUGGCAGCAGAUCGAAGCCAACGAGCGCGCGAGGCACGCCGAGGAUCGACGCGCCGCGGAGGCUUUCAUCGCGAAGCGUUUCGUCCCUUUGCUCGCGCGAGUAAACGUCAAACACGUCGUCGACGUCACCCGCGGGGAUACCAACAACUGGAGCGUCGGCGAGAUCGUCUGCAACCACGCGAAGAUGCUUCGCGCGUCGUGCGUGGUCAUGGCGCCGCACGGCAGAGGACGCGUCAAGGAGUUCUUCGUCGGGAGCGUGUGUAACCACUGCCUGCACCGGUGCGAGGCGCCGCUGGUGUUGGUUCGGCCCGAGCGCGUCGACGCGGAUGGGAAAGCGAAGGAGACAUCCGCGGUCAAGUCGACGGCGGAGGAAGCGACGCAGACUGUCGGGGACGCACGCGGGGCAGAGGCGAAGGGAGAGCGCGACGAGGGAGACGGGGGGAAGGCGGCGGGCGUGAGCGCGUGA